GAAGCCUUUGAUCGUCAUAGUGGACCCUGAGGAGACAGGCACCCUGUCGCGUCCACAAGCAUCGCCCCUGGAGGGGUGGGUGGAGGCGCCUGCCCACUGGAGGGUCCGGAUCGACAACCGCCACCUGCCGCAGGGACUAAUCGAGCACGUGGAAGGGCAGGAGCGAGAGGGCCGCAACUUGCACCGCAGCUUCCUGUACAGCGCGUCAGGCAUCCUCUUCCGGGUGCGCUUCAACAAGCGAAACGAGGUGACCAUUUCUCUACGUUCCCCGAAAUAGGGAGAUGAUGUGAGAAUAAGAACCUCACCUCACAGGUUCUCCACCAGGAGGGCAUGCAACAUGCAUUUUCGGCCACCCCUGCGGCGGCAGCAGAGGGACACAACAAUCCAAAACCAAAACCAAAACCAAUGGUCGAACGAAGCUGAUCGCUGAACCAUCGCCGCAGCGAAAGAAGAGGUCAUCCAUCGGGCUUCAGAGGUUGUAAGUGGAAUAGUGGCAGUGGACUGGAAGUGGAAUAAUAGCGGGGACUGGAAGCGGACUGGAAGUGGACUGGCUGAAUCGAAAUAUGAAAUAUAUGAAACGCACAGAAUAUGCCCAAAGGAGUUUGUCAUAGGCAGGAGAACCUUCUGGACAAGGACAAUCUUACCCCGCAUCCUUGGGAGCAAACACUCGCGUGUGGAUGAGGAUUGUCAGACGCAGACCCAGACGCAGCGAACUCAAGAACCCAAGAACCAAAGAACUCGAGAACCAUGAGCGCAUCAGCAGCACGCAUACAAUUCAAGGCGCUGAAGGGAUUUCCGGGCAAUGCCGCCGAUAAGAUCGAAACUCGAGCGUUCCUCGACGCCGCCCUAGAGAUAGUGACAGUUAUAGAAACCUUUGGCAAGCUAUUUACGCCCGUGAUUAACGACAUGAAUGGAAAUAUAGAUAAAUUAAGCAGAGUCUACGGCGAGAAUGUGCUCAAGCACCAUUAUCUGGAGGAUAUGAUCGUCCUGAAUAUAAAGGGGGAGAACGUGGCCCCCAAUGCCCUGCUCUGGCUGAAGCGGGGCCUCCAGCUGAUUUGCAUCUUCUUCGAGAACAUCUACAACGAUGACCAGAAGCAGGAGGCGCUCAAGCAUCAUCUGCAGAAUGCCUACGAGCGCACCCUGAAGCAGUACCACGGCUUUAUCGUGCAGAGUACCAUUAAGAUCAUUUACGCAUGGGUACCCACACGCAAGCAGCUGCUCGGUCAGGGCGAGGAUCAGGAGGAGAACCUCGCUGUCAUGUCCGACUACUUGCCCACCAUGCGGGCCCAGUUGAACAAGAUAGAUGCACUGCUCAAGGCUCACAACCUAGAUGAAGUUCCCCACUAGCUGGUGCCUUGGGAUGCUCAUUCCCGUUUGGAUAGAUGGAUGAUUUUUGCUUGCCCCUUAGACGCGCACUUACUCUGCACAGUUGCAUCUAGCUUGUAGCUAAAAGUAGCCUAUUUUUAUUUUAUUUUAUUUUAUGCUGUUAGAGAGGGUUGUUGUCGCUAACAACACAAUAAACCUCAGAGCUUUAGUCCAUGCGA